AUGCUGCUCAAUGGCUGGGAAACAAUCAACAAGCUUCUUCGCCAAUUCCUUGGGCUAGAAAAAUCUCCCCCAGCUAUUGAGCAACAUCCUGAAGCAAGCAACUCGCGGCGAAACAGGAAGCCGAUACAAUACGAGGUUCAAGAUGUGAUCCGGAGUUUUGGACGAGACAGAUCGAUUCUCAGAAAUAUCAAAAAGAUGCCGGAUCGAGAAAAAGUCAAGCUAGUGCGAGGCAUCCUCACCGUCUUCCACACUCAAGGAAAGUUCGAAGACCGUCCAAUCAACUACCAAGCCUUUCGAAAACUUCGCCGCGCGCAUGAUCCUCUCCGGAAAGUUAACGUCUUUUGGAUUCCAACUCUUUCCCCUGUUUUUGAAGAAGAUAUCUGA